GGCUGGUGUUCGAACUCCGAACCCUCCCACCGUGGGCUGAGCUGUGUUUCUCUGUGCUACUGCACUCCGGGCUGGUUCCUAUUCAAAUGUGGGUCAGGGGUGAGGAAGCGUAACGUCAUAAGCUUUCAACAUGGCGUCCCGAAGGCUGUGAGAUGAGCAAGAGGAUGGUAAAGAACGCUUGAGAACCACCCUACCGAUGUAAGAAGCUUCAGGUGGCGUUGGUGUAGGAAGAGAGCGAGCGAGACGCAAGGAAAGAAGGACGGUGGAAAUGGAACUGCCAAAUCAUGCCAAACAACUGCUGCUGCAACUCAACCAACAGAGAGCCAAAGGCUUCCUGUGCGACGUCAUCAUCGUGGUGGAGAAUGCCCUCUUCCGCGCCCACAAGAACAUCCUGGCGGCGAGCAGCAUCUAUUUCAAGUCUUUGGUCCUCCACGAUAACCUCAUUAAUCUUGACACGGAGAUGGUCAACCCCUCCGUGUUCAGGCAAGUGUUGGACUUCAUCUACACGGGCAAGCUGCUCUCCUCGUCGGACCAGGGCAGCGAGCAGAAUUUCAGCGCCCUCUUAACCGCAGCCAGCUACCUCCAGCUCCACGACCUCGCCGCCCUGUGCAGAAAGAAGCUCAAGCGCAGCGGCGGGAAACCCCUGCCCGGUAAACCUUCCACUCCCGGGCCCCUGAGCCGCUUACGCCUCAACAACCAGCGCCUUUCCUCUUCCACGCCCGCCGGGCCCAACAACCACUAUCAUCCCGCCCCUUCGGACGCCGACCAGCCGCAGCCGGACGAAGGCCUUCGGGACAAGCUCUCCGACGACGAAAUGUAUAUCGGCAGCUCCGGGAGGAACGGCAGCGGCGGGAACGGAAGCAGUAACGGUAACCUCAGCAGCGGAGGAAGCGCCGGCGAGCCCGAUCUCGGGCUGGACCUGACCAAAAAGAGCCCUCCCUCGGCAGGCGGGGUGACGGACGCCCUGAGCCCCCACAGCAACUCCCAAGAAUCCCCCCAAUCUGCCUCAGUAUCCACAACCAACAGUGCCUCCCUGGAUGACUCUUCGACCACCCUCCCCAACGCAGACGUUUGCAGCUCGGAGCCCGCUGAGCUCAACUGCGCAUCGAAAGCCGAGAACGCCCACCACGACGGGCCCCCGCCCCAGAAGAAAUCUCGCCAGGGCGGGCGCAAGAACGAAUGGCCCAAGAAGGAGGCAUCGGGGCUGAAGUCCGAAGACCACGACAGGCCCCUGGUGAACGGGGUGAUCGUGGCGCCCAAGGACGGCCGAGCCGGCGGGGGCAGCGCCGGCGGCCUCAACUCGGACCAAACCCACCGGUGCAAAGACGAGGAAGAGGGAGGAGAAAACGGCCAGGACCACAGCGACGAGAGCGGUCAGAGCGACGGCGAGAGCGCGGGGGGCAGAGGGGGGACGGGCGGGGCGCACCAGAACGCCAACUACGUGUACCGGCAGGAAGGUUUCGAGCCGGCGUUCGGGGACAACCUGUACGUGUGCAUCCCCUGCGGGAAAGGCUUCCCCAGCUCGGAGCAGCUCAACGCUCACGUGGAGACGCACACCGAGGACGAGCUGUACAUCAAAGAGGAAGUGGGGAGCUACGUCAAAGAGGAAGACGAAGAGGAGGCCGAGGACCUUUCCGCCCCCGUCGGGCCGUCCAACUUCGCCUCCGAAGCCCGCCCCUUCAAGUGCACCGUUUGCAAUAAGAGCUACAAGGACCCGGCGACGUUGCGACAACACGAGAAGAGCCACUGGCUCACCCGCCCCUUCCCUUGCAACAUCUGCGGCAAAAUGUUCACCCAGCGGGGCACCAUGACGCGCCACAUGCGCAGCCACCUGGGCCUCAAGCCCUUUGCCUGCGAGGAGUGCGGCAUGCGCUUCACCCGCCAGUACCGGCUGACGGAGCACAUGCGCGUGCACUCCGGGGAGAAGCCGUACGAAUGCCAGCUGUGCGGCGGCAAGUUCACUCAACAGCGCAACCUCAUCAGUCACCUGAGAAUGCACACCUCGCCCUCCUAGAAAACGCAUCAAGCCAAAGAACUCUGGGAAUAACAAAAAAAAAAAACACCCCCGCUAAACUCUCGCUCGACAAAGAAACGCACAUGAACACGUUCGACGCAGUUCUAUUCCGCUCGGUUUACGACGGCGCCCCGGCUGAGUGAGCGUCGUUGCCAUGCUGGGCGAUGGUGGUGACGGUGUCACUUCGGGGAUUGUGUCACCAUCGGUUUUAAAGUGACAUAUAUGCUCACCUCUCAGGAGUUCUAGAGGAACAGUUUACUCUCUUCUCUUCUCUUCUCUUCUCUUCUCUUCUCUCUCUCUCUCUCUCUCUCUCUCUCUCUCUCUCUGUCUGUCUCUCUGUCUCUCUCUCUGUCUCGCUUUCUCUCAGCUGAAAGUCACAAAGCCAUGGCGUCAUAGCUUUGUGACUUGUGCUCUGUCAAGGCCGAUAAAUGUGAAUGUGGGUACCAAUGUAAUGUCCAGCCCUUGCCACCCCCCCCCCCCCCAAAGGCUUCCUUUCCUCCUAUCUUUUGAAAGCUUUUUGCCGGUUGUCCGCCAGAACGACAAUUCGAGGUCCCCCCCUCUGCUCUCCAACGCUAUUCCGACCAAAUAGAUUCAAAGAACCCAAUGAAACCAGUACUGGCAAUAAUAUCGCAAAAAAAAAAGAGUGUUUUGAACUCUUUGACAGCUUUAUAGCCUUUCUUACUUUCCUUUUAAGCGAUUGGAGGGGGGGGGGGGAUUUCGAUGUACGAUGAGGGGGUGACUGGGACCAUCUCCAUGCUUUAACUGAUGGAAGGAUCCAGGUGGGAUCAUGUUGGGGGUCGUGGUUUAGUUUCAAGAGUUUUCUCUUCAUGGCUGUUGACAGUAAAGGAUGUUGACUCUUUUCCCCAUCUUGCCUGUUCGUGCACCAUGAAACCAAACCCGUUUGGGGGGGGGGGAUCACCCCCUUGAGGUACGUGUUUUACUUAAAGAACUAAUAAUGUUUCAGUGAAUGUUUAAACUGGAAGGUCUUGUGGAGGGGAGGGAUUUGUUUUUAAAGGGGGCUCAUAAAGAGGGUGUUUUAGACGGAACAAUAUGUUCAAUGGGUACGUUUUAUUUUGUGUCUGUAUAGCUUUCCUCCCCUUGAGAAAAAAAAAAACUAAACAACCAGAAGUCUAUUUAUAUGGGCUUGUGACCUCGCUACCUCUGAUUACUCUUAACGAACGCUAUAUGUUGAUUAGUUAAAAGUUCCAAUGUAAUUAAUUGUAAAAAGUGUGUAGAUUAUCUUCAUCUGAUGCUUUAACCUGCCCAUCUCUCAACACAGGUUUUUAAUGCCUAUAGAUCCUUUUUUUUUUUUUUUACUUCUCAUAAUCUCGUUAGCAGUUGUCUAUUCCAAAAUAUAAAAUAGCUUUCCGGGCGCCCCGCUCAGUGUGGUGCCGCCUCAAAAUAAUGUACUGUAGCGUCUUUGUGAAGGCAAGUGAUGAUGGUUAGUUGGUCUACGUGUAGUGUGUUCCAAAGAUCUUGUGAAUGUGGAGGACAGAGCUAACUAACAAAACAUUGCUAGGCAAAUUCAAACCAAAGCUUUAAAAAAAAUAAAAAUUAAAAAAAAAUAAAGAUAUACUUAAGAUAUAUAGCAUACUAAAUUAUUUCACUUUUUGAUUUCCCUUACUUUUGCUCCUGUAUAAUACAAAUUUAUUAAUUAUAUUGUCCAUAUAAAGAAAUUCACUCUUUAGCGUUUUGGCCAAUGACUCUGAAGCGGAGAAGCUUGUGCUGAUUGGUGGGCCGGUGAACUUUACCACCUUUUAUUAUUUUUUUUGUCAUGUCAUCUUUAUUGUCCAAAGUCCUGAUCACUUUAUAUUCCCAAACUUUAAAAACCGGACUUGGUGACGUGUUCUGUUCAGACCAAAAAAAAAAAAAAAAAGCAAAAUAGGAAAAAAAAAUACGACUUAUAAUCAGAAAUUUAAUGUGAAUUUCAAGUUGCUUGUUAGUUUCUUUUUGAGCCAGACUUGUGGAAAACUUGUAACAAGAAGGGAGAAAGCAGAGAUGCACUGGACAGCCACUCAUUGGUCUCCUGCAAAGAUCCUCCUUUUUGUUUUUUGUUGUUGUUGCUGUUGUCUCUGAUUGCGUUCACCUGUGUCACAUAAUGGUUUUAAGUUAUUUGAACCUCGCCGUGCUUUACCUCAUAAGCGAGCAUAUGCUUGAAAUCGGGCCGUCGGCGGUCAUCAUCACUAAAUCCUGUCCAGUGUAUCCACUCUUAACACUUACUGUGGACCUUCCCUACAAGUUUUUGGUAUAGGCAUUCCUUUUUCUUUUUUUUUCCAACUGUCUUGCUGGAAUUAUUUUUUUUGGGUUGAUUUAUUUGUUGCCCUCAUGGUCUGUGAAUUUAUUAUGUAGGGAUGCAGCCAAAGUUACAACCUGCAUCCCCGAUUCCUGCAUUUGUUACUACUUGGUCAUGUUGGCUGUUAAGCAAUUACUCAUUGACUAGUAAUUGUGUGGUUGGUACACCGCCGUCCCCCUCUCAAACCCUUUGCUGUAAACUAACAAACAUGCAUCCAUCCUCUGGUGUAAGAUGGAGCCCACAGUGCAUCGUCUUCUUGUACCUGUCAGCAUUUGAUAGAGUGCGUCUUGAUGUCUGUCAUGCAAAGGAUAUUUUUUUUUCUCUCCACAUACAAGAUUUCCAGCCAUUGCUGGCCGAAAAAAAAAGACUGUAGCUGCGUUUGAAUGCUUGCUUGUGGGACAUUGCGAAGAAAAACUCCAAACUGUGACCAUACUACUACUAAUAUUACUAUUACUACUAGAACUACUACUAUACAAAUACUUCAGGGAUAGUUCUGCAUCGGUGAGUGCAGGCUCUCAGCUACAUUUGUAAGACAUAGUAUUGUAUCAAUUUCUCUGUAUUUUAAUGAUGAAAGCAAAACACUAGUUUCAUACAUAAAAAAAAAAUACUGGGUGAGGGGUGGUGGGGGGAGGUGCUUUCAAGUAACGCAAAGAGCCUUGACAAAAGGCGAGGCAGCUCAAACAAGUCUACAUUUUAGUUGAUAACACACUAUGUUCGUGAAUAAUUGCAAAGUUGUACGAAAGAAGAAGAAAAAAGAA